GCCUGGCCAAGUCUGAGCAAAAUUCAAGGGACAUAGAGUUCCAUUACUCUUUCGACUAUGCUCAGCAAGUCCAUUAUCCGUAUAAUCCAUUGCAGCCUGGUCCAGUGUUUUUCAAAACUUGCCGCAAAUGUCAGAUAUUUGGAAUUGUGGCUGAGGGGUUUCCAUGCCAGAUCAACUAUCUCACUGACGAGAUUAUUUCGAAGAAGAAGGGGCCAAACAGUGUUAUUAGCCUCCUGCACCAUUUUUUAGAAAAUUACGGAAUCGGGGAAAAACAUAUGAUUAUAAACUGUGACAAUUGUUGUGGCCAAAACAAAAACAAUCUAAUGAUGGACUACAUGCUUUGGAGAAUAAAUAACGGCCUGCACACUUCAAUAACUGUGUCAUUUCUUCUAGCUGGGCAUACCAAAUUUGCGCCCGAUGGUUGUUUUGGAUUAUUUAAGAGAGAAUUCAGAAGAACCUAUGUGUCGUGCCUUGACGACAUUGUAAAAACUGUUUGUAACAGCACCCAAGAAGGGAUUAAUAAAGCUUGCUUGGUGGGCAGCGAGUCUGGAGAACAGUACGUACAUUACUAUGACUGGGAGAGUUUUUUGAAGCCGCACUUUAAAAGGCUUGUCGGCAUCAAGUCGUUCCACCACUUCACAUUCAGUUCGGAGCAUCAUGAUUCCGUGUCUGUGAAAGAGUUUUCAGAUUCGCCAAGUAUUAAAAUUAAACUAUUGAGGGGAGACUGCCCAGAUGGUUUUCCAGAAAAAAUUCCUAUAGAGGGUUUAGAUGAUGCCAGAAGAAGCUAUCUCCACAAGGAGGUGCGCGAAUUUUGUACACCGGAGACUCGGGAUCUGGUGUGCCCUGCACCAUAAUUUACCAUCGUCCAGACCUUCUGUGUGUAAAUUGUAAAUAGAGUUAGUGACUGCUUGACCGCCUACCAAUGUAAAUUGUAAUAUACAAAUUUUAAUAAAGAUAUUUUGCAAAUUAAAAUAAAAUUGGAAAUAAAA